GUGCACGUAAAAAUAAAAAGGUAGUCCGUCACAUGUCUUGAAUUAUCGUUAUCACUAUAUUACUGUAUUUUGAAUAAUAGUGAAAUAAAGAAUAAUUUUCAAGCCUUGGUGCGUUUGUUUUUACAAAUUUUGUCUGCUGCUUUCUGGUAUUUUGGGACAGGAAAAUAUCUACUACUAAAACGACUGAACUAUUAAGAAUAGUGAAUGACAGAGUGGCUUUCGCGUGUAAACAAGGAUUUUUUGUGUUUUGUGGUGGACGAUUUAAAAAUUCCACUCCUGUUGCUUUGGAUUGAUAUUUUUGUUUGUGUUUUUGUUGAAGUAAUAGAAUAAAAUGUCGGGAGGAAUGCUAUAUGGGGGCGAUGAAAUUGGAGCACUCGUCUUUGACCCAGGCCACCACUCUCUACGCGUUGGUUAUGCACAAGAAGACACACCAAAGGCUGAAAUACCGGCAGUUGUCGGUGUGGCCCCAGAUGAUGUCAAAUUAGAGCCAGAAGUGAAGCCUGAGGAUGGAAAUGUAGCCACUAAUCAGCCAUCCUACAAGUAUUAUAUUGAUACAGCAUACCUUCAUACACCAAGGCCUAAUAUGGAAUUGCACAACUAUAUGAAAGAUGGAAUGAUUGAGAAUUGGGAUUUAUUUGAGAAAAUAUUAGACUACUCAUACGAAAAGAUUAUCCAGUCUGAAUCUCAGUACCAUCCAGUAUUAUUCUCUGAGUCACCAUGGAAUCAAAGACAAAAAAGGGAAAAACUAACAGAAAUAAUGUUUGAAAAAUACAAGGUACCAGCAUUCUUCUUGGUAAAAAAUGCUGCAUUGGCAGCAUUUGCAAAUGGGAGAGCUACAGCAUUGGUUAUUGACAGUGGAGCAACACAUACUUCUGCGGUACCAGUUCUUGAUGGUUAUGUCAUAUCAAAUGCAGUUGUAAAGUCUCCAUUAGGUGGAGAUUACUUGGUUUUGAGAGCAAGGGAAAUGCUAGAAGCAGCUGGUAUUGAUUUGACACCAGCCUCACUGAUAGCUAGCAAAGAUGUGAUAAGAGACAAAGAUAAGCCAAGGUUUGUCAAGAAAAAGCUUUCUUUCCAAACUACAAACUCUUGGAUGAGUUAUAUGAUAAAGAAGACUGUCCAAGAUUUCCAACAGACUGUACUACAGGUGGCAGAAAACCCAUAUGAUGAGAGGCAAGUGGCAAAUAUACCAAGUGUUCACUAUGAAUUUCCGACUGGAUAUCAUCAGGACUUUGGACCAGAAAGAUUCAAACUAGCAGAGGGGCUUUUUGACCAUGCAAUGCUGGGUGCGGGAUAUAUAGCUGCAACAAGUGCUGGAAUGUGCGAUGUUGAUAUUCGACCAGCUUUAUACAGUUCUGUAGUUGUAACAGGGGGCAACUCUUUAGUACAGGGAUUCAGUGAUCGCCUAAGCAGAGACCUAUCAUCCCGUUCGCCAGGCUCGAUGCGACUGAAAAUGAUCGCAGCCAAUGGAACAGUUGAAAGACGGUUCGGCGCUUGGGUCGGUGGUUCGAUUCUUGCAUCGAUCGGCACAUUCCAGCAAAUGUGGGUAUCCAUUCAGGAGUACCAAGAAGGGGGAAAGUCACAAAUUGACAGAAAAUGCCCUUAAGAAAGCUUACUAGUGUGUAUUUUGUUUUUGUCACGUUUACAAUGGUUAUCCCAAUAGAUACUUCAGGAUUUUGUUUUUGAAUAAAACCAACAGCUUGAGAAAAAUACCAUGUUUGGUUAUACGAAGGUCAUUUUUAAAGUAAUAACCCCUUGCGCAUCGUAUUACGUGACUUCCAUUCAACCAUAGACCCUCUUGGCGAGUCUCCAGUCGCGUAGCUACCUUGGGUGGCACCUGAUGCGGAAGUUUGUGGUGUCACCCCAUCGAAAGUCAAAAGCAAUACAUUUUAUGAUUCAUAAACGACAUGGAUCAUUUAAUAUUUAUAUUUAAAGUAUUGAACAAAUAACAGAACCCAAUAACUAAGACAGAAAACAUAUUUUUAUCUUACAAUUAAAUUCUCUUCUUUCUAGCUUUGGCAGCUGUAAACUCAGAUAUAACUUGAUCAAAAUUUAUACUUUGUAUUGCCUCGUGUUCGAUGGCUAAUAUACCAAGAUUGCUAAGCCGCGAUUGGGUCAUUGUUGCCCGCACAUAGUUUUUUAUUAAUUUUAGUUUACUGAAACUCCUUUCACAUGAAGCUACGGACUACGCAAACCGCCAUGAACAAUUUUAGUUCAAUCGUAAUAUUUCGAAGAGAUUCUGUAAAAUCCCAUUCUACAAUAAACUUUAAAAAUUCUAGAGAUGUGUCUUCGCAGUCUUAGUAUCUCCAAAAGUAAAAUUCUGUUUCUGAGACCUCAUCAUAAAAAUCAGUAAAUUUGGAUGUAUCUAAUUUCAGUUCUUCAAUUUUCGGCAAAAGCAAAGUAUUUGUUUGUACGAUCGCAAAUAGUUAAGCUAUUUCUUGAAGAGACUUCGAUCUUGUCUGGAGUUCAACUCUGAAUCGGUCAACACAUUAAAGUUAUUUUUUCAAUGUGAGUCCUGCAUCACUGGUCAUCUCACCGACCACCCGUUUUUUACGACAAAGUCGUCUUUCUGUUGGAAUAUCGUAGUUUUCUCAUUUUGUGGGAAUCCCCGAAUUAUACAUAGAGCUGAGCUAGUACUUGUGGAGGAAUCACCGAAGAAGACAGCUGUGCCAGCGAUUUAAUUUUUUUGUGUUUGUACAUUGUUCUUAAAGUUGAGUCACCGGGUGGGUGUUACCUUUUUUGGGGUUAUACCAAAACUUCUUGGAAAGAUAGUUACUAAUUGGAUUUAUGGUCAGGCGGCAGCAUGUUUUGACGAUGGAAUCAAAAAGGUGGAGGUACGACUUAACGAGUGUUUAAAUAUUUAUGGUGACUAUGUUAAAAAAUUAAAAGAUGUGCGUAUUUUAGUUUGUGAUGAAAUUUACAUCCAUAAAUAACAUUUCUCUCACUCCAUUACAAAACAGUUCUUACUUAAAUAGACCCUCGUAUAAUCAGAAUGUAGAAGUAUGGGAGCUGUGUUAUUGAAAUCAUUCUUUAAAAUUCCCGUCUCAGGUAUUUCUACGGAUGACUAUCCUUCAAUUAAAAUUCUUAGUUGUCUUUUGUCUCAAAACGAUCCGUAAUUAAAUUUCCGGGUUUAUAGAAUGCAUAGGCCUAAACGUCUAGUUAGCUCAAGUUGUUGCAAACUGGCUCAAAAAAAUAUUGAGGUACCCAUUGGAGCAUUACGGAUAUGUGAGCUGAGGAACCAUAUUGUUACAUACUAGUGACGACUUUAAAUGAUUGAAAACUUGUUGGUUCACAGAAACGCUAUUUUAAGAUUUCAUUAAUUGGGUAAAAUAUUUUAAUUGAUUUCAUUUGUAGAUAUAUAACGUGUCAUUUCCAAAUCUUGAAUUCAGAUAGCUAUAAUGAUUUGUCAAUUUCCCAAAUAUUGUGUUACUUUAGAGACUAAAUAUUAUCAUUACUCUUAUUAAUUGAGCAAAAGCCACCAAGGUAUUCCAAUCCGUUACUUGUAAUGAGAGUAACUCAUUAUCACGACGCCACUCAAAAACUUUCCUUCAAAAAACACCCACAAAAUUCAAACCACACGUACAAUCGACUUCAGUUUUGAACUGUAACUCAAAAAGAGAUCGCUUUUGCGGGGCAGAAGUUGACAGGUGACGCAGUGUUGCCAGACCUCAAGUUAUUACUGCAUUCCUGGAAUUUAAUUGACACUUCACGUAUCUAUAAUUCUUACUACCAAAUUUCGUUAAUUUUACUUACUUUAUCUCUCAGGGUGUUCCGUACUUAAAUGGACAUGGUCAAAUGGUAGGUAAUACGAGUAAUAUAGAUCGAGUCCUUCUUCUACCUGAAAAUCAGAAAGUGAAAUUCAGUUCUUACAGAUCUAACUAAAUUUGUCAAAUCUGAAAUACCACAUAUCUUAGGCUCUACUGAACCGAUUUUGUUUAAAUUAUUCAUGAUAACAAAAUUACCUAGGAGUAUUGCGAAACUAGGCGGACGGUUAAAAAAUCUAGGGUUGAACUCGAUUUUGUUCACUUGUUUAUCAAAAUCAACACUUUCUGGGCUCAAUAUUGAAAUGUUUGACUAUGUACAAAAAAGCCAAUGAGAUGUGCUAAUUGAAUACUAGUUCAUUUAAGUACGGAACACCUUGCAUAUUUAUAAAAAUAUGAAUGUCUGUCCACUCUGACAGCAUGACGUUUGAGCCACAACACGGAGAGACGUAAAAAUGUGUACACUUACUGAUACCCUAGGAAAGCUAUAAGCAUAGUUUUAUCCGAGAACUCAAUGAUGCAAUAAAUUGUCGAUGCAAAUACCAAAAUCUCUACCGUCAGUGUCAAGCCGGCAACAGCGCGGCUUUCCAUCGCCUGACUCAAAUUAUUUUUCAAACAAAAUUUGGUUACUUUAUUAGUGGCGCCACCUACCCGUGCCACGGGUACAUUAUAAUACCGAGCGAUUUUUUUUUCGAAUGAUAUAAGUACAAACAAAUGUGAACAUACGUAUGUAUAAAUUGUAUUUUUAUAUCAAAUAAACGUUCACAAGAAA